GUUCGCAUUCUCCACAAGCAAAAGACAUAAUAUUCCCUUUGUUGGAUAACACGGAUUCAAACUAUUACCACAAUGAUUUUAUCUUGGAGAAGAAGGAGAGCCAGCCAUGGCGGCAACAAGAACAGCGAGGUUCUGAAUGGCAAUUUAGACACAGAGAUCAGAAUUCCGAGCGACUUUCGGUGCCCGAUUUCUCUGGAGUUGAUGAAAGAUCCCGUUGCGAUAUCCACCGGGAUCACGUAUGAUCGAGAGAGCAUCGAGAAGUGGAUCGAAGCGGGGAACCAAACCUGUCCGGUCACUAAUCAGGUAUUGACAAGCUUCGAUCAAAUCCCAAACCAUGCACUGCGUAGGAUGAUUCAGGAUUGGUGUGUUCAGAAUCGUUCUUAUGGGAUUGAAAGGAUCCCGACGCCUCGAAUCCCGGUGACCCGGUAUGAGGCUUCGGAGAUUUGUUCAAGGAUUGCGGUCUCAACUCAACGCGGGGAUCACAAAAGAUGCCGAGAAUUGGUGGCGAAGAUCAAGGCGUGGGGAAAAGAGAGCGAGCGUAACAGGCGGUGCAUUGUGAACGGCGGAACAGGGUUUGUGCUGUCGGAUUCCUUCCAUUCUUUUGCAAGCGUUUCAAUUGAGAAACAUGUCGACUUGUUGAAGGAGAUCCUGUCGGUCUUGACGUGGAUGUUCCCGUUCGGUGAAGAAGGGCAGUCGAAAUUAGGAUCGGCGGCAUCUUUAGGUUGCAUGGUAUGGCUAUUGAACGGCGGGGAUCUUUCGGCAAGGCAAAACGUGGUUUUAGUACUCAAAGAGCUUCUUUCUUUGGAUCAAACACAUGUUGAUGCCUUGGCAGAGAUUGAAGGAGUUGCCGAAGCUUUGGUCGAGAUAAUCAGGGACCCAAUUUGUCCCAAGGCUACCAGGGCCUCUUUAACAGCAAUUUUCUACAUGAUCUAUCCAUCUGCGAUCGGUCUGAGAUUCACAGCAAGAUUUGUGGAAUUGGGUGUGGUUUCGCUUAUACUAGAAAUCCUCGUCGACUCGGAAAAAGGAAUCUGCGAGAGGGCUCUAGGCGUUUUGGCUGGCAUUUGCGAUUGCAAAGAAGCCAGAGAAGAGGCCUCUAAGAACGCUCUAACCAUGCCUCUUUUGGUUAAGAAGAUGUUGAAGAUAUCACCGUUGGCGACGGAGUUUGCUGUCUCCAUUCUUUGGAAGCUCUGCCAGAAUGAUAAGAAGAACGAGGGCGGUGUUUUGGUCGACGCAAUUCAAGCGGGUGCCUUUCAGAAGCUUCUGGUUCUCUUGCAAGUUGGUUGUGGCGAGGGCAUAAAGGAAAAGGUCACUGAGUUGCUGAAAUUGCUGAAUCUUCACAGGGAUAAGCUGGAGUGUGUUGAUUCAUCGAUGGAUUUCAAGUAUCUCAAAAGAACAUUUUGAUUCAUUAGAUUAAUACAGCUUCUUCCUUUUUGUUGAUUCAGCUUAGAAAAGAAAAAUGUGUAGAAAAUUUUCCAGUGAAUACUCUUCAAUUAAAAGAAGAAAAUGUACAAAAGAAACGGAAAAAUUCAUCCAAUUAUAUAUACAUUCUGUCAAAUUUAUAUCCA